AGUACAAACAACAACUGACAUUCUAUCAACAAAAAGGAAUGAAGACCGCUGACAUUCAUUCAACGAAAAGGAGUGAAGACAGCUGACAUUCAAUCAAUGUUAUAAUAAGGAGUGAAGACAGCUGACAUUCAAUCAAUGUUAUAAUAAGGAGUGAAGACAGCUGACAUUCCAUCAACUAUAUGAUAACGAGUGAAAACAACUGACAUUCAAUCAACGUUAACAGGAUUAAGAACAACCGACAUUCCAUCAACACAUUGGAGUAAAGACGACUGACAUUCCAUCAAAUAUGUACAUACAUUGUACAUUCCAUCAACUGAUAUGAAUAAAGGCAACUGAAGCUUCGUUAGUGGGAAAUACUAGUGUGAUGUUUUGUGCGAAAGCCAAGAGAAUGGUUUGGAAUGUUUUCCUAUUCUUACUACCUUUACUUCAUGAUACGAGUGCAGCACAGUGGUAUAACGUCUUCAAAAACCAAGAAUUUUAUGGAACUACUAUUUUUUCGAUCAUUAGUCUUUGCCUGCCAGAGUGCCUCAGUAGAUGCGACCAUAAUGAUCAAUGUGUGGCGGCCAUGUAUGGUAAACUCACAGCGAAGUGUACGGGAUUGUCUGCCGAGGGAGAGCUAAUGAAUGGAAAGAUCAACGGAGAUGUAGAUACUUGCGUGAAAUAUGACCAAUGGAUAACUGCCUUCAUCGGGCAGGCGGGAAUUGGCAAGAAGGUUUACACAGAAUGGGUUGGAGCGUCUUUCACGUCUGUUGACAGCAAGUAUGAGCCGUCGUGCAACUGCCACUACAAGAGUGAAUUGGUCGAGAAAUGGCCCACGUCAGGGAUACAGAAGGUUAAAAUGUCCGUGAUAUCAUCCAAUGCUGAGGUUGCAUACAUGAGCUUUAAUGGAAAGGACACCGACAAAAUGUCAUGGUUUUCGGCCCAACAUCUUCUGAACUCAUCCUGGACAGAUCUGAAGGGAGGACCCCAUAACAUCUUCAGUAUAAAGGGCGAUGACGUCACGAGAAAUGGCCACCCUCACGGCCGGCGUUUUUUUGUCAAUAAAGGUUACGGUGGAUGUGAUAGGGAUUAUGGAUGGCUGAUGGUUUUAGACACCGCAGGUCCAUCCACCGACUGCUACAAGGCCUAUGAGAAACCACCGAUACCAGGAAUUCUCUAUCCAGCGUCUGGGACGAGCACGAUUUGGAAGCAAGCGAAGCGGGCUGACAGCUUCAAAAUCUACGUCCAAGUUCGGCUAUUGACCAAUGGACCAUGAUCACGGAAACAUGAUGGGAGACUUUUGGAACGCAAGUAAUGACCAUUAUACAGCGCGAUUGUGAUUUCUCUCGACGACGUUAGAAUGAGUGGCAUUUGAUUUCUCUCACUACCUUACUUCAAAGACGCAAACAUGGCCUUUAGGUUAUCAGCUUAUCAGCUCUUUGUUGUAUAAAAACUAUACAUAUGCUAGCUCAUGCAUUCAUUCACAACGCGUGUUGUAAUAUGUCGAUUGCAUGACGGUGAUCAUUCAUGUGUGUUCCAGGUAUUCAACCCACACAACAAAAAACACCCUUCGCGAGAAUCGGCUGAUACAACCUCUCCGAGUAUCUCCCACCUCUAAAGUUAUGGUGAACACAGAUCCGAGCACGAGCUUGAAACUAAACCGUGUAGCCUUAUAGAAUAAGACACAACAUAUUCCUAUACAGGGUGGCCAAGAACUAUUUCCCCUUGCACAAUGUAAUUCUAUUGUGUAUCCGUUGUGUGUGGGAAAAUAAUUCUGGGCCACCCUGUAGUGCAUAAUCUUUUUGAAAACUCUUAAUGUUGAUGCUACACAGUUAAGAACGUUGUUUUCUAUCGCUUUUGGUCAGGUUGGUCAGAGUAUUGUCGGUGAGUUCCAUACAUUCAUAUGUUAAGAUCAAAUAUGUUUACUUAGUGCAAUUUAUAUUUUCCUUCAUGUCAUUCGACAAAGGAAGGUAUUCAAUCGCUUUUGAUAUUCGAUAUUUAUCUUUUCCCCCACGAAACCAACAGGGUCUUAAAGCUACCAGUCAAAACCGUAUACCAAGCUAUUUCAAGUUGGCUUGCAGAAAGAAUGCAGUCACCAGGAAACUGAUAUGGUUAUGUUUGCUAAGUUUAUAAAAAGUGCAAACUUGUUCUUGUUACAGAUGCAAUACUAAGAUAUCCAGAUAAAAAUCGAAGUUAAUAAGCUGAAGCGAACUGCGCAUGACUAUUAUUUGGCAAGAUGGUGGCGUUCGCUAGAGGGCCAUAGUCAAAUCAACCACAGAAAAAAAUCUGAUUAGUUUAAAAGUCAUAUUGAUGAUAAGUCAAUCCCGUAUCCCAAAUUUGAUCUGAUUGUCCGCUGUAUGGAAUAUACAAUAUC